GGGAGGGCUCCACACGUCACGCACACAACAGGCACGACGGUUGCUCUCUGAUCAUACUCGAAUAUCCAUCCAUUAAUUUACCACUGUUUGUCCCUCUCAGUAAAUUUAAAUAUUCUAGAAAUAUAACAUUACACAUCCAACAUGGUGGACCGUGAGCAACAUUUGCAGAAGGCCAGGCUGGCGGAGCAGGCUGAGAGAUAUGAUGACAUGGCAGCAGCCAUGAAGUCGGUGACAGAGUUGAAUGAAGCACUAUCCAAUGAGGAGAGGAACCUGCUCUCUGUAGCCUACAAAAAUGUGGUGGGGGCGAGGCGUUCCUCCUGGCGUGUCAUCUCAAGCAUUGAGCAGAAGACGUCGGCCGACGGCAAUGAAAAAAAGAUCGAGAUGGUGCGUGUAUACCGGGAAAAGAUCGAAAAGGAACUGGAGGCCGUCUGCCAGGAUGUGCUUAACCUCCUCGACAACUUUCUGAUCAAGAACUGCAACGAGACGCAGCAAGAGAGCAAAGUGUUCUACCUGAAAAUGAAGGGUGACUACUACCGUUACCUGGCUGAAGUGGCCACAGGUGAGAAGCGAACCACCGUCGUGGAGUCCUCGGAGAAGUCUUACAGUGAGGCCCACGAGAUCAGCAAGGAGCACAUGCAGCCCACGCACCCCAUCCGCCUGGGCUUGGCUCUCAACUACUCUGUCUUCUACUACGAGAUCCAGAACGCCCCAGAACAGGCAUGCCACCUGGCCAAGACCGCCUUUGAUGACGCCAUUGCUGAGCUGGACACCCUCAACGAGGACUCCUACAAAGACUCCACUCUCAUUAUGCAGCUGUUACGGGAUAACUUAACGCUGUGGACGAGCGACCAACAAGACGAUGAGGCAGGCGAGGGCAACAACUAAAGGGUCUGCGACCUUAUUCUGCCAAAACACCGUCACCGUUGCACUCACAAAUGUUAAAUCUAAUCAGUGAAACAGUGAAGACCAAUGGUAUCAGCAGCCAAUUUACCAAACGGUACUAACAUGGCUGCUGUUCUUUCUUUUUCCACACACUCAUAGUGAAAUAAGGAGAAACAAUGGAUUUAAGUUAUUUAGAAAAUAAAUAAAAUAAUGAAUUCCCCUUCGUUUAACAGUAUUUGCUAGAAUAGCAAUUAGAAGAAAGAAGUGUGUCAUCGACGCCAAUGGCAGACACGUUGCGCAAAUGAAGCAGAGAUUUCUAAUUGUCAUCUGUGAUGGAAGAAGCAGCCACACAUAGUUUGAUGUUUAAGCAACAGGAAAAUUAGAGCAGGGGUAUUAACCUAUUUGACCCUGGGGCCCAAAUUUUGCACUACAGAGGGGCCUGGGGUCCACUAGUAACACUUCAAUUAGUAGUCUAAGCUACUUACAGUUUAACAGCUCAAACCUUAUCAAAUGAUAUAAAAGCAUGUGUUAAUGACAGAUAUUAUUAUCAAGGCUUAAGUCAGACUAAUUACAAUAAUAAAUACUAAUUAAACAUUCUGCAAAAGGGAUGCAAAAACCGGAUGAUUAAUACAUUGUGCUGAACAGUGCUAAAAUAUAUUUAACUAAAUUAAUAAUACUUACUAAUAAUUUGUUUUGUAAAUAAUCAAUACAAUUAAAGUUCAACUGAAAAUACAGCUUCACCACUUUAUUCAUAUUUUUUGCACUAAAGAAGCUCCAGACUUCUUCUGUUUGUUUUAUAUUGUUACUACUGCCACAAUUGUGAAUUGCAACCGAGUGUCGCAUUUUUUGCCAGCCCUCUUGGGGGCGAUGGCGGCUCAACAAUUGAUUAAGAAACACUGAACUAGAGUAACCUUGAAAGUGAGAGAGGACAUAGGGGAACUCAUAGGGGUGUCUGUCUACAGGCAUAUUGACGUGACAUAUUUAUUUGCAGCACACUUAGUUGUUCAGUACAAAGAGGUUGUCUCUGUUACUGAGAAUUACAUGAAAACAUGUUUUUGUUUCGUUUUGUCAGGUGUGUGUCCAGCUAAUUCACACAGUCAUAUUGUAACUAAAAAUAGAGGUUCCUGUAGUAAACUUAGUGCAGCUUGUCCCUAUUUCGUGCUGAUCUGCUUUACUGAAUACAUUAAGUGUGUUUGGACGCCUUAGUCCUCAUUGUGACGACAAUACCGACACUAACGACCUCUAAUCGGUCCCCAUGUUUGGAGGAAAAACAUUCUCAGAAGUCACAGAAUAAUGACAAUUUGUGAAUAACAACAUGAAAUGGCUCCGAUCUUGCUCUCCCCUUGGAACCACUGAUAUUGCACUCAAGAAGGCUUAAAAAGCUCAUCUCAGCUUUGUGGACCUAAUCUGCAGUUUCUUUAGGUCAAGGGAUGCACUCGCCUAUGACAAUAUUUAAUUUAUUCAGUGUAACAUGACAACUGCUACAGUAUUCUUACUAUUCUCCAUAGUACAGUAUUGUGCAUGCUGGUGAUGUAUUUAUAGAGUAGCUUCAAUUUAUCCACUUAAACGAUAGAUGUUAUGUAUUCAUAGGAUAUUGAUGAAUACUAGAUGUUUACAAGAUGUGUUAAUAUUUAUUUUUUUCGCCAUUGUUAGUAAAAUUGUGUUUGAAUGUUAUUUAUUCCAUUUUAUUCCAAAACAGUUAUUGUUACCAAUAAAUUGAUCUGUUACAGAUAUGCUUAUGUUGACAUGCAAA